AUGAAAAAAAAGGUACCAAUUCCUAUGCCACCAAAGAAGAUUGGGAGGCCUAGGAAAUGUGAUGUAGCUGGAUCCAAUCCACAUGUUUCUGUACCCACUCAUUCUAGUCAACAAGCAAGUCAACAGGGCAGUCAACCACCUAUGACAUCAACUGCAACCACUCAACCUAGUCAACAAGCAAGUCAACAGGGCAGUCUACAUGCUUCAAGUUCUAAAACUGGCAAAAAAAUGAGGAAAUUAGGUUUAAGAGGCCCAAGUUUCAGAGUUGGUGACAUUGCAUCUGUGGGUGCUCAGUCAAGUGAAGUAACUGUCCCAGAUGUUAGAAGGAAGAAAUUGGCUGUAAGAAGGCAAAAUAGGAAGUCAACAACCAAAUUUCAGGAUGAAGUCAACAACCAGGUUCCAAAUGAGGUUGCUCAAGCUCCUUCUCUUAAUGAUGUUCCUUUGGUGAAUGAGAUGAUAGAAGAGGAAGAAACUGAGGUGUCAGUGAAGGUGCCAGAGCCAGUUUUUAAUGAAGUUCAUUUGGUCAAUAACCAAGUUCCAGUUGUUAAUGAUAUUCCAAAAAAUGUUGCUCAAGUUCCUGCUGUUAAUGGUGUUCCUUUGGUGAAUGAGGUGAUAGAAGAGGAAGAUGACAUUAUGGUGAUAGAAGAAGAAGAAGUUAUGGUGCUAGAAGAAGAAGCAGUUGAUGUUCCAGUAAAGGUUGCCCAAGAUCUAAAACAAAAGUCUUGA